AUGGAUGAUUCUGUGGAGCUGGAAAUGAAGUCCGUAGAGUUAGCUGUAGGUCAAUGUUAUGACACAAAAGAGGAGUUCGAGACGAGAUUGAAGAUCUACGUGGUUGCCAAUAAAAUGGACUUCGACGUGGGACACUCAACGCCCACGCUAUUGACGGUUAGGUGUUGGGUCGGUGGAUGUAAUUGGAGGGUUCUAGCUUCCACGGUUGGAGAUGGAAGACAGUUCUAUGUCAAAACAUACUACGGUGGAGUAGGUAAUACAGUUACCCCGAAUCACGAUUCUGAUGCGCUAACCAAACGAUAUGGAAUCAAGGCGGAGUAUUGGAAAGCUUAUCGUGUAUUGAAGUAUGCACGCGAACUAGUGAUUGGGAGUUCAGAGGACAGUUACGAGGACCUUCCAUCCUACUUAUACAUGAUUAGACGAGCUAAUCCAGGAACACUCAUCAAGCUCGAAGUGGAUUCGGAAGACAAGUUCAAGUUUAUGUUCCUUGCCUUUAGUGCGAGCAUUCAGGGGUUUCCAUAUAUGCGGAAAGUAGUGGUGGUUGAUGGCACCUUCUUAACAGGUAAAUACAAAGGUACACUACUCAAUGCCACAACGCAAGACGGCAAUUUUAAUAUUUUCCCAAUUGCUUUCGGUAUCGUUGAUACUGAGAAUGAUGAGUCUUGGGAAUGGUUCUUUGCACAACUACAUCGAGUUAUACCCGAUGAUGAAGGACUUGCCAUGAUUUCAGAUAGACAUAGAUCUAUUGGGAAAGCUAUAAAAAAGAUUUACCCUCUUGCUUCGCGUGGUGGGGAAGAUUUUCGCCUUGUCAAGAAAGCAGCAACCCCAUAUAGGCUUUCAGAUUUCAAUGUCUUAAUGGCACAGAUUCAGGAGUGUAACCGAGGACUAUAUAACUACUUACAAAAAGCGGAUGUCCGGAUGUGGAGCCGUGUUCAUUUUCCGGGAGAGAGGUACAACUUCACUACUAACAACAUAGCGGAGUCUUUAAAUAAGGUCCUUUCAAAGGUUAGAAGUUACCCAAUUGUGACACUAUUGGAGGAGAUUAGAUCGCUUUUGACUAGGUGGUUUGCCAAAAGGCGCCAAGCUGCAUAUGUGAUGGAGACGGAGCUUACUUAUGGUGUCGAGAAAUUGCUACGGGAAAGGGUCGAAGGAGCAAAGCAACUAGCAGUGCAAGAAAUCGACGACCAUCUUGCAUAG